AUGCUGGGGACCUACAUAACCAAUCUAAUGAUCCUUCCCAUAGCUCUCCUAAUCACCAUCCCGCUCGCCUUCAUCGCUACAAUCACAAUCACCAUAGCCUUCACAACCCUCUGCCUGCGCCUCUGUCUAGUCUAUCUGGAUUUCUUCGCUGCCCUCGCCCGAGCAUACGUCCACACCCUACCAGCCUCCAACUCAACAACAACUACAGCGAUAUACCCCCGAAAUCCACUUUUACACACCAUCUACAAUAACCCCAUCCGCCGCCGCAGCCGGUUCCAACCAGGCACACAAUUACCAGCUGAAAACCAAGUAUCCCCAGGCAACAUCUACCGCCGCAGCCCAUAUCUGCUGCUGCGUAGAAGCUCUACCCCACCCGAGCGGGUGAGGAGACUCAGAAGACAAAGUUCCCAUGGUUCUCUUACACAGAUAAGCCGCUUAUCACGGAAAUACAGUCUCCCAACGCCCGGAUCGCUCUCAUCCUUUGUGGGUGAGCCGAAUUUGAGCGGGAAUUUUGACCCGAUUGACGGGCCGUUUCAAAUACCCGCUGGGUCUGCCUCUAGUUCACAGAUAUCCUCGGCCUCGUCCGAUAAGGCUGGCGAUGAUGAACAUGAUGACCGUGAUGAUGAACAUGACGCUGCGGCUGAGAUACUCAACUAUUGA